AUGUCUGCGUUGAUCUAUUGCAAUGGAAAACUCGUAAUAUCGAGAAAAUGGCUCAUCACAAACUUUCUCAUUAUCAUCAGCAUAACCUUAACGUUCAUCUGUGUGUUCAUUCCUAUAAGUAAAUCGCUGAUUAGUAUAAGUAAGUGGUACUACUUUCUAAAAACCGGUUAUUCGGCAGUUUUGAUCCUCAUCAUCAUGGGAUCGUGGAUCCAUGGCUACAGAAACGUGGAUCUGUUGAACACAUGCUUGAUCAAGAUGAGAGCCGCGGACUUGGAGAUGCUUUUCCUCAGGAAGGAGAUGCCACUGACUAAACCGAGCUGGGUAACCUUCUUACUUUACAUGCUCAUGACUACAGGAUACUUCCUCAAAGCCCCUGUAAUGUCUUCAUUCUUCAGCUUUUGCCAACUCUUCGUACUCUAUUCACCGUAUAUUCUCAUAAUUUCGAUUCAGGACAACGUUGAUAGGAUCGCUUACUUACUUCGGCUUCGUUUCCAAGCUAUCAAGAAGCACCUUAUCCAUUGUUUCAAAAUGGAAGCGAAGAAAGCUGUUGUAGUUUUGGAAAAACUAGCCCUCUGCCACUACCACCUCAGUGGUUCCUCAGAAGACAUCGAUGAAUAUUUUUCAGUUCAAGUUACAUCGAUAUUAACUGUAUUCUUCCUCGUAUCAUUUUGUGAGGCCUACGCGAUUUCGAUUUUGUAUAAAGAUGAAAAUCUGUCUUAUAAGGGAUUGGUACUGACAGAAAAAAUCAUGUGGUUAUUGAUCACCUUCACUACCAUUUGGCGAGUUUGUCAUCAGUUCGCAACCAUCAGUGUUGAGGUAAAAUCAUUCACUGAAUAUGUAUUUUCAUUAAAUAAACAGGAAUGUUUACAGAAUAUAAUCUCGACUUAG